CAGUUUAAUUGGCCAGUCAUUUUAUUGUUGUGAGCUUUUCUCACUGCUGCUGAGAGAAAGGGAGCUGAGAAGUUUUGAGCACGAAAGAAAACACUGUUGAGUCUGAAAAUUGUUUUUUUUUUUUUUUUUUUUUUAAAUCUUAAGAGGCUUUUUUGAGAGAUGCUUGGACAAUAUCAGAGAAGAUUCACUGAUGUGUUUUUAUCUGAAGUUUGUGAUGGGGAAGGAGAAGAAAACAGUAAAACUAGAAAAACAUGAACCAGACACACGUCCGAUCAUCAUGGGUGAAGUAAAGAAAUCAGUUCCUAGGAUGAGAAUUGGGAAGUCAAAGGAGAAGGUUAAAGAAACCACAUCUCUCAGCAGAGCAGCCACAGAAAAGGGUACAACUACAUGUGAGACAUCAGGGAAUAUAAUGAGGCUUUGUGUCAACUUGAUGCCCGUUUUAGCUUCAGCCAAGGAGCCUGUGGAGGAGGAGGAGGAGGAGAAAGAAGAAGAUAUCAGCUGUAUGAGUGAAGAGGAAGCAAAAAUCAACAGCAAGAAUGACCCAUCUGUCACCAAAUUAUUCCAACAAACGUUCAAUACAUGUGAUUCUUUCACAGGAUUAACUUUGGUUAGAGCCACUGGAACCAAACAAUCACUAAGACCUCUGUUUGUGCUGCCACCUGUGACUCAAGCUAAACCAGCUCCUUCAGAGUGUCGUCACCAUCAGGAGACCAAGAGGUUCCUCACACCUCUACCUCCCAUCAGCUUAUCUGAGAAAACAACAACCAUCUCUCCAAACUUUACAACUAAAGGCUGUGGAGGCGACGCACCAGUUACAGGACAAGUGUCAGACAGCAGGCCCUGGAUAGAUAAUCCCUUGUUCUCUAAAAGCAGAUCGGCUGAGUUUCGUCUUCCGGACAUCUCCUUGUCCAGUCUGGACGCUCUGCUGCAGACAGUAACACAGAAACUGGAGAGGAAGAGGAGAGGCGGUGAUGAAGGACCAUGGAGACAAGUCCAGUCUGAUCACCUCCUUGUGGCUGUUGGUAAACAGCAUUUGAGAGAGAAGAGGGGCGGGCAGGAGACCUACCCGGCCAGCAUUGGAGCGGCAACACAAACUUCAGUGGGAGGAUACAGUAUAAACAGACAGAGGACCCUUCCUCCGCUUUUUUUUGCACCUAAACCCACACUCAUCCUCACAAUGACGAAGAAAAACCUCCUGACUUCAACCAUGCUGCAGUGACUGGGCUCGCAAUAUACAGCAAACAAUAUGUUUUUAUUUUCCUUCAGGACAAAACAUUCACAACAGACAUAUACCCUUUGUUUUUUCUACACUAGUAUACUUUCAGUAUAUAAUGUAUAUCUUAUAGUAGAUACACAAUUAAAUGCAUGUUCAAGUAAAAUUGUUCAAGCUUAAUACCUUAAAAGUACAUUUGGUAGUACUGACUUUCAUUCCAAAAUGAGACCUUUUAAAUCCAAUUUAGUGUUUAAUUUUAGCAUGUCAUUUUUUUCCAAAUACAUUUAACCUUUUUUAAACAUUGAAUUAUAAUGUUACAGUCUCCAUUUUGGGAUGAAACUCUUCUGAUACGUAUGUCUCAUGCCAAUACUGUAGUUACUGUUGUAACAAUCCUCUAAAUAUCAUAAUAACAGUGCAUUUCAGUGCAGUAACAACCUGCUUUAGACAUUCAGUCAGCUGUGUCCUUUUUUGAUAGAAAAAAAAUAAAAAAAUAAA